AUGUUAGUGUGUAGUUAUACUUUCCAUCACGACUGCCUUGAAAAAAGUAACAGAGAUAAGCAAAAAACUUGCCUCAUUUGUUUCGUAGAUAAUGAAGGACCGGCAUCAGCUGAAGUUCAGGACAUAGAUAUGACAGAGGCAGUAGAAGAUGAAAGUGAAGAAACCUCUAAUCUAACAGGAGAGGUAAGAAAAUUAUCUGUAGACGAUGCCUACCAAGAAGAAAUUAGGUGUUGGUACCUGUUUGCUAAAAAAUUCGAAGAAAGAGUUAAAGAAAUUAAAAAUGAUAAUAGUAGAUUUAAUGAUCAACAAGCUAGAGGGUUAGUUUAUAGCGAAAUCGCAACGAAUAUUCCAGGAUUCACAAGAGAAAGCCUAUGUAAAAAAACAGCAAAAACUAGAAAUAUUUAUAAGUUGUUUGGUGAAAGUUAUGACCCUGAAACCAAAACAGUAGUUAAGGGACUAGAGAUUGAAAAAAUAGAGCGAAUUCAAUCAUAUA